GAUCAUUGUCGGCUUCAUCAACAGCGGCACGAGCAUCUACGCCGGAUUCUGUACGUUUGCGAUCCUCGGCUUCAUGGCCGAGUCCCAGGGCAAAGACGUCAGCGAUGUCGUCACGUCAGGUCCAGGACUGGUGUUCAUUGUCUACCCAGAGGUCGUAUCACAACUACCGAUGCCACAAAUCUGGGCCGCUCUUUUUUUGGUAAUGUUCGGCCUGAUAGGAUUGGAUAGCGAAUACUGUAUGGUGCAAGGCGUCAUAUCGGCCAUCAUCGACAUGUUUCCCAAGCAGCUGAUUCCGAAUCGUAAGCUGUUCGUGUUCUGCACGUGCGUGAUCUAUAUGCUGUGCGCAAUGCCAAUGCUCACGGACGGAGGCAUGUACCUCUUCCAACUGUUCGACGCGUUCUCAGCCUCCGGCAUCACGCUCAUCUUCGUCGUGUUCUGCGAGACGAUGGCCAUCGCGUGGAUAUACG